UUGGGCACCGCAGAAUUAGUUUCUUAAUCCGAAAAAAAAAAUUCAACUAGGGACAGUGGUGCAGACUAAUCAAUCAGGUUUCUUCAUAGAGAAGGAGAAAAAGGAUAAAAAGUUUCAAAGAAAAAGAGGAUCAUAUCUGAGAAAAAGACCUGACCCUCUUGCUGUGACAACUUACAACUUUAGAUAUCAUCACUUUGACAAGAAAGCUUUGAUCUUUCCCUGCUCUAUGAUAUAGGAUUCCAUCUAUUUAUCCUUAGAAUUUUCCAAAGAAAUUGAGGUAAGUUUGGAACAUGAGAAUUGUCUAAAAAAACCCUUGCAUGGCGAGUCACAGAAUUGGAGAACUUGGUUUGUCUGAGUCAGGCCCUUCAAGUCACCAUGUCCCUUAUGGAGUUCUUCACAGGAUUGAUACUUCUUCAUCAAGCUUAAUCAAUCAAGGAUCUAGUUUUGAUUUUGGAGAGUUGGAAGAAGCAAUUGCUCUGCAAGGAGUUAAUAGUAGAAAUGAUGAAGCCAAAGCAUCUUUUUUCACAGGCAAACCUGCUGCUACACUGGAAAUGUUCCCUUCAUGGCCAAUGAGAAUCAACCAAACCCCAAGAGGAGGUUCAAAGUCAGGAGGGGAAAGCACUGAUUCAGCUCUUUCAAGUCCAUUUGAUCCAGAAUCUCCUGUGAGCAAAAAGGCAUCUUCAUCAGAAAAUCAACAAGCUUUUGAUCAGCAUCAGCAUCUUCAACAGGAGAUUAUGGCAAGUGAUGAAGCACCAAGAACAGGCUCUUCAUCACAAAAUCAAUCAGCAGCCAAAUCACAGAAUCAAAGAAAGGGAGCUGGUUCCACAUCUGAUAAACCACUUGAUGCAAAGACAUUGAGACGUUUAGCUCAAAACAGAGAAGCUGCAAGGAAAAGCCGUUUAAGGAAAAAGGCUUAUGUGCAGCAGCUAGAAUCAAGUAGAUUGAAGCUUACUCAACUGGAGCAAGACCUUCAAAGAACUCAAGCACGCUCUCAGGGAUUCUUCAUGGAUUGGGGUGGUGUUGGAGGCAAUAUAAGCCCUGGAGCUGCAAUGUUUGAUAUGGAAUAUGCACGGUGGUUAGAAGACGACAACCGUCUCAUGGCAGAGCUCCGUAACGGACUGCAAGCGCCAUUAUCGGACAGUGAUAUGAGAGUGAUGGUGGAUGGAUAUCUCUCACACUAUGAUGAGGUUUUCAGGCUCAAGAUUGUGGCUGCUAAAUCAGAUGUUUUCCACCUUAUCAAUGGCAUGUGGACUUCCCAAGCUGAACGCUGCUUCCUCUGGAUCGGUGGUUUUAGGCCCUCUGAGCUUAUCACGAUGUUGAUUCAACAGUUGGAGCCACUGGCGGAGCAGCAGAUUAUGGGGAUGUAUGGCGUGCGCCACUCUUCACAGCAAGCGGAGGAGGCUCUUUCUCAAGGCCUUGACCAGCUUCAACAGUCUCUCGUUGACACCAUUGCCGGAGGACCUGUUGUUGACGGUGUGCAACAGAUGGUGGUGGCCAUGGGCAAACUCGCCAAUCUCGAAGGAUUUGUUCGGCAGGCUGAUAAUUUGAGACAACAGACUCUUCACCAGUUGUGUCGAUUACUAACAGUUCGUCAAGCAGCACGGUGUUUUCUUGUGAUUGGAGAGUACUAUGCACGUCUUCGAGCUCUUAGUUCUCUUUGGGCAUCAAGACCAAGAGACAACUUGAUGAGCGAUGAGAACUCAUGCCAAACAACCACAGAUAACAUGCAAAUGGUGGUGGUUCAACCUUCUCAGAAUCAUCAUUUCUCCAGUUUCUGAAGAAAAACUACCGGAUUUCGUUGGCUACAGAUUUAGAAUGAAUGGUCAUGCAUCUAGCUAGAAGAAAAUAUUUAUUUAUUUAUCUUUUUCAAUACCAUGCAUGCGCUUGUGUCUCUGUAUGUUCUAUUGUAAAUGUAAAUCGAGUUUUAUGCGCAUGAUGAUGAUGAGGAAUUAAGCUCCUACUUUAAUUUAGCUAGAGAGAGAAAUGAAAAACAGUUUAUGAAAAGGUGCAUUAUGUGAGAUAAAGUUUCCCUAAAA